CAGGUGUUGUAGUGAUGUCACCGUGCUGAUCUGUCCUCUGUUGCAGGGUCACUCUGCAGUGAUGAACAACCCGUCCCGGCAGCCCCUCUCUCUGAACGUGGCCUACAGGCGCUGCCUGCAGAUGCUCGCCGCAGGGCUCUUCCUGCCCGGCUCGGUGGGCAUCACAGACCCCUGUGAGAGCGGGAACUUCAGAGUGCACACCGUCAUGACGCUGGAGCAGCAGGUCGGUCCCGCUCUGUUCUCAGUCACACUUCCUUUGUUCGUCCAACAGAGGGAACAUCUACAUUGUUACAACAAUCAAAGUCUACAUAGAGAUGAAAACCAAUGGAACACUAUUAGAUCAAAUGCAUGCACAUAGUAUUUCAAAUAAACAUUAUAACAAUUACAGAAGUACGGUACACAUUCAGGUAGAUUGGUAGUGAGGGAAGUGUGGUAGCAGGUAGAGUACAGCAGUGAAA